CAGGCGCUGUUGCUGGAUCAGUUCGGUGUACUCCACGACGGCCGGGUGCCGUACCCUGGAGCUGUAGAGGCGGUGGCUGCGGCCGCCGGAGCUGGUCUGCGGCUGCUGGUCAUCUCUAACUCCUCCCGCAGAGCCAGUGGCACUCUCGACAAGCUGGCAGCCCUGGGCUUCGACAAGCGCUGCUUCGAGGGCGCGGUGACUAGUGGCGAGCUCACCCACCGUUACCUGACCUUGCGACCUGAUCCGUGGUGGGCGGCUCUGGGCCCUCGCUGCCUGCACGUGAACUGGAGUAGGCGCGGACCCACAUCGUUGGAGGGCCUUGGAUUGCAGUUGGUGACCGACCCAGGGGACGCUGAUUUCUUUCUGGCUCACGGCACGGAGGCUUUGUCCCUACCCGGGGGUGGUGUGUUGGAGAGGUCCCUGGGGGAGCUUGAGGAGCUGCUGCGGGGGGCUGCGGAGGCGGCUGCCCGGGCGGGGGUGAGGCCGCCGCCGCUGGUGGUGGCUAACCCGGAUGUGGUCACUGUGGACGGCACUGAGCUGGUGGCCAUGCCCGGCUCCCUGGCCGCCGUCUACUCAGCCGCGGGGGGACCGGUCGUGUUGAUGGGUAAACCCGCCCCCCUCAUCUACUCCGCGUGCGGGGAGCUGUUGAGGCUCCCCGCGGGGGACAUAUUGGCUGUAGGGGACUCCCUGGAGCAUGACGUGGCGGGCGCCGUGGCUGCCGGCAUCGACUGCUUGUUCAUUGCGGGGGGCAUCCACUCCGGAGAGCUA